AUGGAUGCCCCAUCUGAUACACGUGACUCCACGAUGGAGGAGCAUCACAUCGUCAAGGCCGAUGAGGUCGACCAAACCGGGACUGAUAUCUCGCCCGUUUCAGACGACCAGCUCAUGGAGGAGGUGGCUGAGGGGCUCCGCCAGGAACGCCAGGAACAGGCGUCUCAGGCCGUACCCGCUGAAGAGACGGUGCUGUCCGAGCCUGAAAAAUCCAGGAAACGACCAGAACUCCGCCGUGAGACCUCUGCUCCUCCGCCGCCGUUGCAGCCACCGCCUCCGGCUCCGGUUCAGGAGAACCCAGGGAACCCAGGACAGCCCACGGAUUCAUUGAGUUUGUCUCAGUUGCGUAAACUCGUGAAUGAGAUGCCCAAGAUCGAACAGCCAGCUUAUGCAUUUGAAUAUGCCGACGCUCAGCCUUUUCCUGAUGAGUUGGAAGAGUGGUUUCAGUAUAAUGACUUCGAUCGUGUCAUGCUGAUGGGCACCAAGGCCACAUUCAAUCAAAGAUGGGGUUUGUUUUGUCACCAAAACAAGAUAUCCAUGGUCGCAUCUUGGCUGGACGUUUCCCAAGAUGUUCACCGUACAUUUAUAUCUCAGCUGCUCGGCGGCCUGCAGCAUGACGAUGUCUCAGUACGACUGGAGGCGCUCGAAACGAUCUGCUACCUGUUAACUGGAGUUUGGGGUAUCACUGGUGGCAAGGCGGCUCCAGAUUAUCCGUCAAAGGAGAGAGCUCACACCUCGACUGAGGCUCCUCCAGGGAAAUCCUUGCAGAUCGAUUGGAUCGACGACAACGUCUCCCUCCUCCAGGAAUGCUCUGGAGUGACAGCUCUGAUACAAUACAUGUGUCGGCUCUUCGACAAAACUCGCUCCAACAUUGGCACGGACGUAAAUGGAAUGGAGCACGAACGGCUCAAUCCUGGUGACAUCACCGCCCCAGAGCGUGAGGCCAAUCUGCUCCUGACAAGUUUGUACUUUAUCGUGGAAGUGGGCCGUCGGGAAGAAACGUCUUGCACUGGGUGCAGCCCCAUUCGCGAUACAUUGAUUGAUUCGGAUCCUAAUCUGCUGGUAUCCAUUGUUGAAAUCAUUGCUCGUUUGCGCUGGGAUGAGUCUGCCAAUAUUCCGCUCACCAGAAUUCUUCUUUUGCUCUGGAAAUCGCUCCUCCUUGUUUUCGGAGGUCUUGAUGACCUGAAGCGAGCCAAGGACGUCCUGGAGCCUUUCCAUUCAGCGGACAGAGGCGAUACCAACCGCCGGACUCCCUUCCUCCAUGCCUCGCCCUUGGACUACCAUGUCUUCCGCCAAGAAAUCACAUCAAAAUACCCAGCUUACAACCCUCCACCACUUGCCGUUCCUUUGGAGUUGGAAAACAACUCGAUUCUCCCCCCUCUUCCACACAACGCCAUCAAGGUGAACUCAUCGAGUGGUAUAUUCUGUGGCGUUGGUCCGUCAGUUGCUGGCGGCAAUGGAUCCAUUAUCCAGCAGUCUGUUCACAUCGCAACCCCAGCACCAUCUCCACCGCCAUCCCCCAUUGGCCCAGGAGGCAAGGCAGGAAAGAAACAGAAUUACCAAACCAACCAGAACUUCCCCUUUAUGUACCCUCCUUUGGAUGACUCCAGUAACCGCAUCGGCGGCAAGGGUACCACAGAACGUCAGGAUACAUUGGUUGGCAAGCGUUGGGAAGGCAGUGAUGUUCCUGCAUCGAUCAUUGAAGCUGGAAGACUCUUUUCUACGCACGUGAAGAUGACCCGUGCUAUUCGACAGCUGUGGCAGGAACGCGAACAGUUCAUGACAUACGAUCGUGGUUGGAACGCUGAGGAUGCUGCCCAUUUCCCCGACGCCGAUCUAUCAGAUGAUUUUGAGCAUUUGGAUCUAUCGGAAGGCGAAGAAAAGCCUGAGACGAAAUGCGAACAGAAGGAGACAGAUGAUCCUGACAUCCAGCGGCGCUUGGAUGCUGUUGAGAACUUCUACGGCAAAACCUUAUCCCAUCUUCAAUCUAUUACGAUAGUUUUCUUGAAGAUUAUAUUGACGAAUGUCAGCUCAGUGGUCAGCCAGGCUGGCAGCUAUAACCAGAGCAUGAGCAAUGGAAUGAACGGAUCGCACGAUCUGUUCUCUGAUUCGGCCAUAGAUGAACUUGAUAACAUCAGACUUCGCGAAAUCACCGGAAAGGCAGUCUCUGGAAUUUUGGUGCUUCUUUUGAAGUGGUUCAAGCGGUCUCAUAUUUUGAAAUUCGAAUAUAUGACCCAGCUACUCCUUGACUCCAACUAUCUCCCUUUGAUUCUCAAGAUGUUCGCCCACCAAGACGUCGAUCAGGCCGUUGCACAAAAGAAUGACCGUGAAGACUUGUCGUUUUUCCACUUCUGCGCCAGUAACACCGAUGCUCAAGAUAGCGAUGAUAAUUCAGGUGGAGAUACUGAGAGCGAGGAUGAGGCCAUGCCACCUCCAAUCUCUCGACAUCGCCCCAAUCUAACGCGCGGGCUAUCCGAUGAAGGCUCAGUCACCGAUAUGUUCAAUGGCCCCAUCCGGCCUGAAGUCGACGAACUAGGCUAUCCAACAGUCCCUCCCCCAAAAGAGCCUAUCACGACCUUCUCCUUCCGCAACUUCUUUUCCUCCAUCAACUACCUGCACGUGAUGCAAAAGAUCACUCGCAACAAGGCGCACCGUUGUCUCCUGCUCGUGCAGUACAAGUCUAGCAACAUCCUCCGCAAGGGACUCAAGAUCCCAGACCCCCAUCUCCGCGACUAUACCCUCAAGCUGUUCAAAUCGCAGGUCCCGUACUGCGGCAGAAAAUGGAGACAGGGUAAUAUGCGCGUCAUCACCGCUAUCUACCUCUACUGUCGUCCAGAACUGCGGGAUGACUGGCUCGCUGGUUCAGACGUAGAUGCCGAGGUCGAAGAAGCUUUGCCAUUGGAACAAGCUCUGCGCGGUCUAACCCAUUGGUGGCAUCUGCGUCAAUACAAGGAUGUGAUGGGUGGAAACGAAGGCACAUCGAUGAUGGAAGAAGAGCGUGAUUUCUUUGUUCGAGAACUUGAGUCUAUGGGUUGGGGAUUUGCUGAUGAUAUGCUUGGUGGAUCUGGCGAUGAUCAGGAUAUGGCUAGUCAGAUGGUUAAUGGGACUGAGUGGGAAGGCGUGCCUCUGCCCGCGGAAGGAUGGCCGUAG